AUGCCUGUAACAGACACGGGGUGGACGGCGCUUCAUUCGGCAGCGCAGGAAGGCAAAGAGGGCGCGGCGCAGCGGCUGCUCUUCUCGAUGGGGUCCCACGUGAACGCCCAGGACGCCGACGGUUGCUCAGCACUCCACGUGGCGGCCGCGUGGGGGCGCGCCGGCGUGCUGCGAGAGCUGUUGGCCGCGGGAGCCGACGUCGCGCUGCGCAUGGCGGACGGGCGGUCGGCGCGCGACCUGGCGCAGCAGACGGGCCACUUCGCUUGCGCCAAGCUGCUCAGCAAGCACGAGAGGCGCAUGCGCAGGCGAGGCCUCGCCACGCUCAGCGCGACGCUCGGCGUCGACACUACGGACACGUGCGCCUGA